CUUUGUUCAGAAUAUGUGAUCUUGUGAUUUUACUGGUUAUCGGAAGUUUUUAAAACAAGAUUUUUUAAAAAUUUAAGUUAUGCAAAAACACUGUAUUAAAUGUUUAUAAUGUAUACGUUUUUGUGUAAAUGUAAUAUUUAAAAUUAUAUUUGUUAAUUGAAGAUUUCAGAAUGUGGAAUGGUAUUAGAUAUAGUAGAGCCUUAUCAAAGUAUGGAAGAUCCCUUUGUAGAGUUUGGAAGCAUGAUUUUAUGUCUGCUUCUUUUAAAUGUGAAGGGAAAUGGGAUAAUAGACUUAAAUCUGCUUUGCUCCAAAAAGUAAAUUUAGAUAAUAUGUUUUAUGAAAUAGAUAAUAAACACAACCUAACAAAUGCAAUCAGUGCAGUUGAUGUUGAUAUAUUUGUGAAUGCUGUUAAUGAUGGUUCACACAUUGAUGAAAUGGAGGAUAUUGUACAUAGAUUAAGAAUGUCCUCAGAGGCAACCAAUAUAUUUCCUUCAACACAUCAUGCUUUUAUUCGAGCUUUCUUAACUCAUGGAGAGCCAAAUGAAUUAAUGCGGGUGUUGAAUGAUCGAUUAAAUUAUGGAAUUUUUCCAGACAGCUUUUGUUACAUUUUAUUAUUAGACUAUUUUCUUGAUAAAGGAGAUUACAAGAAUGCGACUAAAGUAGCAACCCUCCAGAUGCUGCAAGAAGAAUUCUCUAAUGAUCUUUUGAAGUAUAUGUCUGUAUACAGUUGUUAUAAGUAUUUAUCUAAUCCCUCAGAAUGGGAAGAUAAAGCAGAAGAAAGUUUAGAAAAAGACGAUGGAGAGGAAAUUAAAGUGAGAGUUAAGUAUAUAAGAAACCCAUACUUUGACAAUCAUUUUGAUUUACAAGAUCCUAACAGUUUGAUAGGUAAGACUCUACUUAUGAUUGUCAAUAAUAUUGACAGCCAUAUGAAAAAUGAUUUAAUUUUGUUGGGUAACAGCUUGCUUAAAGAGUGGAAUACAGCAACAGAAAUUGUUAAUGCUGCGAUAAAAAAUAAACAACCAGUAUCAUAUACUACAGUUGAUCUAGUCAACAAAAUUAUAUCUAAUGAAACUGAUGAGAAUGUAACAAAAGAAGAGUCAUUUCAACAAUUUAAAAAUUGUUUAGAGGCUUUGAAAAAUGAAAACUUGGUUGAUAAAAAUAUAUUGGAGUUCUUAGAAGCCUCAAUUAAACAAGAAAUUCCAGUUGGUGAUGCUAUUGCCCAAGAACAAAUGAAAGUCUAUGAUGAAUGGGAAAACAAUCGUGAGACUUCACUCCGUGAAGAAAUUGAAAAACUUGAAAAAGUUAAUAAAUUAGAAAUUAUUAAGCAAAAGAAACAAGAACUUCUUGAGAGAGAGCAGGAAAUAUACUUUUUUGAUCGUGAAGAUGAAAUUGAUAUAGCUAUUGAAAACAAGAAAGUUAGGUAUCCAAAAAAAUGGACAGGCAAAAAGAAGAAGAAGAAGGACGUUACUCAGGAAUAUGUACCUCCAGAAAUAAAAAAACAGAGAUCCAGUUCUUAGUAAUUUUUUUAAUUAAGUGUAUUUUUUAAAUUUAUGUUUUGAAUUGUUAAAAAAAAAUAAAAUAAAGAUAAUUUAUUAUGGAAG